AUGACGGUUGCUCCCGAAGCGCAGGGAGGUCUUAUAACGAAAGUUCAGGACUUCGGUUGGCAAGCACCAGAGAGUCAAUUUGAGUCUCUUGUGCAGAUCCAAGGACUGGAUAAUCCUGUCCUUCUGCUCGACGAGCUGAUGCUGCUGCUGGCGUUCGGCGACGAUGGCGCCGAUGCCCCAUUCUCUGAGCUCGAUGGCAGAGUAGUUGGUACUGGGAACUCUGGCUCAAGAGUAUGGGGUUUCAAGGUCUGGCAUCUGGGGAUCGUCGAUAUCACAUCUGAUACUUCCACAUAUGCGCUAAUGAUAUCCGAGACCGGUGAGAGAUUAAAUUCGCUAAGCCUGAGGGUCUUCAAGGAAUGGUCGAGGAAGGCUUCAGACAAGGGCGCAGGGCUCGGACUUGGCAUCUUACCGCACGUGACUCAAAGGUGUCUGGCAAAACCUGCAAAGCUGAAAUUCAGCACGCAAUCCUUUGCCUCUCCUCUUCAGAUAUUCUGGUUUCCAAUGCCCGUCAUCCACACAAAAGCGUCCAACCUCCAUGAUCAAUCCGCCCCGCGCUGGGACUUGGUGCAUCUGAAUGGUAUCCGGUUGGAUACGGGGAUAGCGGGGUGGUUGGGAACCAGUGAAACUGACGAUGCAGAAGACACAGGCAGGCUCGACGUGCACAAGAAACCGAGUGCGAUGAACCCAGCAACGAGGCUAAGAUGCUGA